CAGUUACGGGACUGUUCUCAGCUGGUGCGGACCAUAAGGACGCUUGGGUACGGGACAACAUCUACAGCAUCCUGGCCGUAUGGGGGCUGGGGAUGGCUUAUCGGAAGAAUGCAGACCGGGACGAGGAUAAAGCCAAAGCCUACGAGCUUGAGCAGAACGUUGUGAAGUUGAUGCGGGGACUCUUACAGUGCAUGAUGAGACAGGUAGAUAAGGUGGAGAAGUUCAAACGCACGCAGAGUACCAAAGACUGCCUACAUGCCAAGUAUAACUCUGCUACUUGUGCCACGGUGGUUGGGGAUGACCAGUGGGGGCAUUUGCAAGUGGAUGCAACUUCCCUUUACUUGCUCUUCUUGGCACAGAUGACUGCAUCAGGGUUACGUAUCAUCUUCACCCUUGAUGAAGUUACCUUUAUUCAGAAUCUUGUUUUUUACAUAGAAGCUGCCUACAAAGUUGCUGAUUAUGGAAUUUGGGAACGUGGUGAUAAGACAAACCAGGGCAUCCCUGAACUGAAUGCGAGCUCCGUAGGGAUGGCCAAAGCUGCUUUGGAAGCAAUUGAUGAACUAGAUCUUUUUGGAGCUCAUGGAGGACACAAAUCAGUGAUUCAUGUUCUUCCUGAUGAAGUAGAGCAUUGUCAGUCUAUUCUAUACUCCAUGUUGCCAAGGGCUUCCACGUCAAAGGAGAUAGAUGCUGGACUUCUCUCUAUUAUUUCUUACCCGGCUUUUGCAGUGGAGGAUCUAAACCUUGUUAAUGUGACCAAGAGUGAAAUUAUAUCCAAAUUGCAGGGCCGCUAUGGCUGCUGUCGCUUUCUCCGAGAUGGUUACAAGACACCCAGAGAGGAUCCAAGCAGGCUGCACUACGAUCCUGCUGAGCUCAAGCUCUUUGAGAAUAUAGAAUGUGAGUGGCCGGUAUUCUGGACAUACUUCCUAAUUGAUGGAGUAUUUAAUGAGGACAAAAUUCAGGUGCAAGAGUAUAGAGAGGCUCUGGAAGGAAUACUUAUUAGAGAGAAGAACGGAAUACUGCUAAUGCCUGAACUGUACGCAGUCCCUCCAGAAAAGGUGGACGAGGAGUAUGAAAAUCCUCACUCAGUGGAUCGCAUCCCAGUGGGAAAAUUGCCUCAUCUUUGGGGCCAAUCAUUGUAUGUUCUUAGCUGCCUAUUAGCAGAGGGUUUUCUUGCUGCAGGUGAAAUUGAUCCCUUAAACAGGAGAUUUUCCACUGGAUUUAAACCUGAUGUUGUGGUACAAGUAACUGUUUUGGCAGAAUCUAAUCAAAUUAAGAAUCUCUUGCAAGACCAUGGAAUCAAUGUUCAGAGCAUUGCUGAUAUCCAUCCACUCAGAGUGCAGCCAGCUCGUAUCCUGAGUAAUCUCUACACCAUGCUGGGCAGGAACAAGAACAUGAAAUUAAGUGGACGGCCACACCGACACAUUGGAGUGUUAGGCACCUCCAAGCUGUACAUGAUAAGAAAUCAAAUAUUUGCUUUUACCCCUCAGUUUACCGACCAGCAUCACUUCUACCUGGCUCUAGACAAUCAGAUGAUCGUGGAGAUGCUCAAGACAGAGCUGGCUUACCUCACUUCUUGUUGGAGGAUGACAGGGAGACCAACGCUGACGUUUCCCAUCACCCACACAAUGCUUGUUGAUGAUGGUACUGACAUUCAUCCAGCAGUUCUCGCCACCAUAAGAAAAUUAGAGGAUGGUUAUUUUGGAGGUGCAAGGGUGAAGAUAGGCAAGCUAUCAGAAUUUCUUACCACCUCUUUUCAUACGUAUCUGAGCUUCCUGGAUCCAGACUGUGACGUAAAACUGUUUGAUGAUUCUAAUGAAGGCCGUAAUAGUCCUGACAGUGAAUAUGGAGGCUACCCAGCAGACUUCUGCGAAGAAGAAAGCCAGGAUGAGCUGGAUCAGUACAUAAAUGAUGUCCUGCAGAGUACAGCACUGAAGUCAUACCUGCCUCCAACUUCAAAGACUGCCAAUCAACCACCCAUGUUCUCCUGCGAAUCAACCACCUGUGCAAACCAUUCCACAAAAGAGAUACUAUCAAUAAUGGCCAAGACAAAGGGCUUGGAGGUUCCAGCUGUGUCUAUGUCUCUUCCCACUAAAGUUCUGAACACGCACCGGAAGUCUCUGAAUCUUGUUGAUAAUCCCCAUUUGUUUGAGACAAAGGACUGUGAAAGUGUUUUGCACUUGCCUAAAGAUGCUCACGGUGAUUUGGAUUGCAGGAAGCUUGUUGAGCAGCUGAAGGAAUGUCCAACGCUCCAUGAUCAAGCAGAUAUCUUGUAUAUCUUGCAUAUACUAAAAGGUGCUGACUGGGACACAGAGCUGGGUGGACAGUACGGUGUCACUGUUCACUGCCUACUCAACGAGCUCUACAGAAAAGCAGGCCUCAAUCAAGAAUGGGGCUUGAUUCGUUAUAUUUCUGGUAUACUCAAAAAGAGAGUGGAAGUCCUGGCUGAGGCAUGCACAGACCUUCUGUCGCACCACAAGCAACUUACAGUGGGCCUGCCACCAGAACCCCGUGAGAAAAUCAUUACCACCCCACUGCCACCUGAGGAGCUCACAGAUCUUAUUUAUGAAGCCAGCGGCCAAGACAUCAGUAUUGCAGUCCUGACACAGGAAAUAAUUAUGUACUUGGCGAUGUACGUCCGGUCACAGCCUAGUCUUUUUGUGGAGAUGCUCAGGCUCCGCAUCGGUCUGAUAAUUCAGGUGAUGGCCACUGAGCUGGCUCGGAGUCUGAAAUGCUCAGGUGAAGAAGCUUCAGAGAGUUUGAUGAAUCUAAGUCCCUUUGAUAUGAAAAAUCUCCUACACCAUAUUCUCAGUGGAAAAGAGUUUGGUGUGGAAAGAAGCUUGCGACCUGUAGAUUCCUCUUCAUCUAGCCCUGCAAUUUCUAUUCAUGAAAUGGGGCAUUCUGGAGCAACCAAAACAGAAAGAAGUGGUAUUACUAAAUUGAAGAGUGAGAUAAAGCAGAGGAGCAGUACUCCAUCAUCUCCCACUAGCUCUUCUCCUACUGGCUCCAACGGAGACGCGAGCCAGGGUGACCGAAAAGGGCAGUGGCUGCGCAGAAGGCGGCUUGAUGGUGCUAUUAACAGAGUUCCUGUUGGCUUUUAUGAGAAAGUGUGGAAAAUCCUUCAGAAGUGCCAUGGUCUGUCCAUUGAUGGCUAUGUCCUUCCUUCUUCAACCACCAGAGAGAUGACCCCUUGCGAAAUCAAGUUUGCUGUGCACGUGGAGUCGGUGCUGAACCACGUACCCCAGCCUGAGUACAGGCAGCUCUUGGUGGAAGCUAUUCUCGUUCUCACGUUCCUCUCUGACAUCGAGGUGAACAGCAUCGGGGGCAUCAUCCACGUGGAUCGAAUCGUGCACAUGGCCAAUGACCUGUUUCUGCAGGAGCUGAAAUCAUUCGGAGCUACUGGCAGGAUCCUGGAGAAAGAUGUGGCCACAGGAAUUUGCCACUUCUUUUAUGACAGCGCUCCAAGUGGGGCCUAUGGCACCAUGACGUACCUGACGAAAGCCAUCAUUAUUUAUUUACACGAUUUCCUGCCUAGCACAGGCUGUGCGAUGCAGUAAGCGAUGCCUCACGCGGGAGGGAAGGCUCGGAAGCUCUUUCUCCCCAUUUCCCUGACACCAACCUCUCAUUUAGCUGCUGCGUGUGUGUGUGCCGUGCACUACCUCAGUAUUUUACAAUAGUCGUGCUACGUGCACACCUACCUGCGGGGGACGGGUAGGUGGAAUUUGGCCUGGUUUUAAGAGAGUGUGUGAGAAAUAACAAAUAAUGAGGCUUAUUCUGCCCAAAGUGCAUAAAUGUAAUUCAUAUUAAAUUAGGAAGAAUUACACAGUUCUGCCAAGGGGAAAACAGAUUACUCUGUGGAGAUCAAAAGGCUUAAUAAAACGAGAGAGCUGUAUCUCAGACACAAAGUCCCCCAAAUAAGGGAAGUGAUGGAAUUCAUUAAUUUUUCUCCUGCUGUGUGUAAAUGUACAUCGUUGUGAAUCACUAAUGUAUGGUGUGAAACAUCCAGGGAAAUGUAAAUUAGAGGAAUAGGAAUAACUUGAAAUAAGCAGGUGAUGUUUCUAAUACACGCUUAUCCUGAUUCUCAUCUCAUGUGCACCUGGUUCAGUGCAGGGCUAACGCCGGUAGAGACAAAUGUCUUGCAAUAUCCACUAAUGCGAGAGGACGGGCUCUCUCGGGGAGCUGCAUCUGUCUUUAAUCUGAACAAAAUGGCUGCCUUCCCUGCAUCCCCAGGGCUUUCGAGGCAAAAUCUCAGGACUCCGGCUUCUCCAAGGUGACAGACACUUUUCUGCCUGUGAUGCUUUCCUCUGAACAGAGCAAGAUAAGCCUCUUCCACUCGAGCACCCUUUCCAAGUCUCACAAUCCUUUCCCUUACAAAUAGCCUCGGAGUUAAGAAUGGCAUAAUUGCCACCCUUCCAGCGCAGCCUGAAUUCAUGGAAGGCUUUGAUGUUUCUCUUCUCCCCUCGCUUUUUUCCUUUCCUGUUUUGUUUGUUGUUGGGGUUUUUUUGGUUUUUUGUUUUUUAAUUUGAAGUCACACUUGUCACAUGGCGUUGGGGAUGGGCUGCCUGGAAGUCUCCCUUCAGACCGCUCCCAGGUUAGUGCCUGCGCCUUGAAUCUGUUCACUGGAAACCAGUUUUUGCAGCAGCUGCCAGCUCCCAGCUGCUGCAAGGAGAAGGGUGCGUCCUGCAGGGAAGUGCCUCCCUGGCCAUUUAAACCGAAACCAGGUAGGCUGCCUCUGGAGGGGAAAACCCUGCUUUACUCGAGGUGUUGGCUGUGGUUUCCCUUGUGCCGGUCAGUGCUGCUGUUUUGCCCCCAGCCAGCACGGGUCUGGCUGACAGCUUUGGGAAGCGGCUGUAGCUUUAGCCUCUCCCACGGCCACGGGCUCCCCCAGCAGCAUGGAGGUGUGCGAGCAGAGAGGAUCAUAGUGAUUCUGUCUUACCAGGCGGAGGAGAAAAGAGCAGAUAGGGCCUAUAAAAACAAAGUGUUUUCUGAUAAGCAUAUUUCUGUGAGACCCCCUCCGCUCUUUCAAAACACAACUAUGCCAUUUUUUUACCAGAUUUGAAAACUUUUUUUUUUUUUGGUAGCAACAGUGCAUGGUGCUUUUGAGCACGAGGUUUUUGGUUCCAGUUUUGUACAGCUAUGCGAAAGACCUUGAUGAAAAGAGGGGAGGACACACCUCUGUCUCUCUUGCCAGUCCCCAGCACCCGUGGCCCCGGGGAGGCAAAGCUCCCAAUGGCUGUGCCACCCCCGCCUGCUGUGUCUCUGUGGAGUCGCUGCUGCCGUGACGGCAUCUGGACACUUGCUCAAGAGAGCGAAGGUACGGGAGGCCUUAGGAGGUGAUGUCAUGUUUUUGCAGAGCCCGGCAGAGCUGGGUGGUGCCAGGGCCUGGGAGCCCUUGGACGGGAUGCUCUGCGAGAGGCGCGUACUGUGUGAGCCACCGGGAAACCUGUGGGCCUGCUGAGGGGCUCGUGCACAGGUACGGUUCCGGUAGCGCUUGGAUGUGGAAGUCAUUUUAUUGGCGUGGUGCCUGUUCUGUAGGGUUUUGGCUUCAUUGUGGUUUUGUUUUUUGGGUUUUUUACCUUUUUGUAUGUAUCAUGAGAGAUCACUUAGCGUGUUUCCCAGUAAAGGAAAGUAAAAUCCUUGUCUAGUUUAAGCAGAUGUGACAGUGCAGAGGGUGAGCGCACAAGAGCCCGUGUGAUGAUUUCUUGUUCUAUCCGGUAUCAUGCGAAAAGGCAGUGGUAGCAGUUCAUUUUGCUUUUCUUGUUGAAUCCUAGGUUGUGAGAAAUGCGAGGCGAUUGCCCCUCAGAGGCUUUUAUUUAUUUAUUUAUUUUUACCUACAGCUGAGCUUGUUUUCAGAAACAAGAAGGGUGAAGGACGUUGGUUUUACAUGCAGCUGCAGUCAAGUCUGAAGCA